GUCAUGACCUUGGUGAUCAUUUGGUGACGUGCGGUUAACUUCCCUCAGGUAGAAUGUUUGUUUUCUAGGACAAGCUAUUGCGGUGGCUAUGGAACAGUGGACACUGCCAAGAUACCUGCUGGUUACUUCAGUGAUUGUGACAUGGCUGCAUGCAACUGCCUGCCAACAAGCUCCCAAAGACAAAGAAGACAUUCUGAGUAAAAAUGAAAAGAUUGUAGUGUUUCCAACGUCCAAUGAGAGCGAUCAUAAUUUGCCAGUGUUUCCUGAUCCAGUUGUUAAAUACGUAGGCAGGCGACGCCCCCUGGCGCCUCGGGUGGAUAAGUUCGGGCACCCUUUCUGCAGAAAGAAAACAGAUGACACUUUUUGCGAAAAUGUGGAGGAUUAUCCCGAAACGGACAUUCGUAAAGCAAUCAACUAUUCUUCUGAGGAAUUCAAGGAGCUGUUUGGGACAUUGACUAUCCAUGCUCGCAAGAUCGUGCCCAGCGACAUGUCAGAGGAAACUGUCUGCUCUCAGCAAGCCAGACUCUUCUAUCCAAAGGCAGCGGUCAACGAGAAUGACCAGUGGGCAUACGUGAUCAAUGAUGUUGACUAUGUUCAAGCUGUAAUGGCGGAGAUCUGCGAAAAUGAAGAUAAGCCUUGCACGUACUUGGAUGGUGCACUCCCAGCUGGUGUGAGUUCAAGGUGUAGGCAGAAAUACGCCUAUAAGAGGCUCUUAGCACUUCAUCCGAAUCAGAAAAAAACGUACACGGAUGCCUUCCGAUUUCCAUCCUGCUGCGUCUGCUACAUCAAGAGGCCCUACAUUCUGUCACGAACAAGACUGAUUCGCGUGGAUGACAAAAUCAGUCCCGAAAGCACGAAUACGACGUCAGCACGCAGAAGGGGUCCAGUAACAAAGAGAUAAAUUUUAUAGAUUUUUAGUUUGUGCCGAAACUGUCUUGUGAUUUUAAUUUUUCAUCUGCGGGAUAUGUCAGUAGAUUCAAAUAACUUAUAUUCGAGAUUUAAAGCUAUAUUUUCGAUCAUUGAUUUAAGAAAACAGACGUAUGUGUUCAACUUUUCAUCAGUGGAAUAUGUCAGUAUGAUUCGAAUAACUUAUUAUCAAAACUUAAAACUAAAUUUUGGGUCAUUGAUUUGUUAAAAAAAAAAAAAAAACAUACUUGUGAGUUCAACUUAUCAUCGGUGGAACAUGUCAAUAUGAUUCAAAUUACUUAUAGUCGAGAUUUAAAACUACAUUUUAGGUCAUUGAUUUCUUGAGAAAACAGAUUUGAGAGUUCAGCUUUUUAUCAGUGAGUUUUGUGUCAAAUAACUUUUAGUCGGGACCUAAAACUAAAUUUGAACUAUGCAGCGAUUGAGGAAAAUAAUUUAUCCAUUCUAAAGAAGCAUAAUUCUAUUUUAACUAGAAAUAAUUUACAGAACUAUGCGAGAAAUACGAAAUGUUGAUUAAAUCACUGGGAUAUUUGUACAUUAAAUCGCACAAUGGUUAUUUCUGCUGUACAAUAAAUUAUUUUCAUAAAUGAAAAUGACGCGCAGUUAUGUUUUUCGUACAUUUUUCAGUCCUUGGUGCGGAAUCCUUUCGCUUUUAUGGAUGCCAAUAUUCCUCAUAGCGUGGAAUACUUCUCGAUUGUGUGUUACCAAAGCUCGUUGAUGCCGUUCUGCAAAUCGGGAAUUUUAUCUUUAAGACAAUUUCUUCACUUUAACUUUGAAAUUUAAAUAUGUUUUUAAAGUAGCCAAAUCUUUAAACAUAAUUGUGCAACUAUCGUUAAUAUACUCUAAAAUCACCAAAUGAUAGAAAAAAAGUGAAAUUCAAAUAAAAAAGUUAUACUAUUUUCUGUGCAAUAAUGAUUUUAAAAAAAAAGCAAAUGAAGUUUUGAAAACACACUAACUCUAAAGUCCUUUUGUUUAAUUGGAUUAAAAAAAAACACAGUAUCUUUAAACCCUAACCCAAUUUAGUUAUGACUUUACUAAUAAUGAAACAUGACUUUUGUUGAAAUGAUUCCAGUAACUUAUCCAAUCUUGUCUUUUCAAUUUGGCGUUAGUUAGUAUAAAGCUACAUGAAUAUUUUAUGAUGUGUCACUUGUCUUGUUCCUUCUGAAUAACUAAGAUUUUAAUCAAAUAUGUACCAGCAGUAGGAAGCAGUUUAAUUGUGCAUUUAAAGUGAUCAUUUAAGUUAACAUGUGCAAAAGUUUGCAAUCACACGUAGAUUUUGCUAAAGUCUAAAUAGGGUCGCUUCCAAAAUUUUAAAAGUAUUUUUUUCUGAAACAGCAUGCUUAAAAACAUAGAAUCUGACCAUUUUUUAAAUAAUUUUUUUAAGUUUAAUAUUUUUAAAAAAAUACUUAAAUCGGUGCUCUUUCAUCGUUUAACGCUUCUGCUGAUAACAUCACAAAUGACAAAAUGCCAUUCAGUGUUGUCAUUCACAGUUCAAAAUAUUUAAUUAACAUCUUGACUCACGUGUUUUGGCAACGAUAUGGUUAAUAGCAAGUGUAGAGCGCAAUUGUGAUUCGCUUCUUGAUUAUCAUAACGUGGAAAUGCGGUAGAAGAUGCGCCAGAGUGCAUCAUUUGCGACGUCAUAAAGACCGCGCCUUGUUUGAAAAAUCGGACAUUUAAAAAAAUUAAUUUAAAAAAUAGCCGUUGUUAAAAUGAAAGCAUUUUCUGAGUCCAUGUUUUUUUUUUUUUUUGCUUCUUCUAUCAAAUUCAGUCACACAAAGUACUACUUUUGACUGAAGGGAAUCCCCCUUGCAUCUCUGCAUCUCCUUGAUUUUUGUUGAAUGUUUUGGAACAAUAAAGAAAAACCUUUUCAAACAGUUAAAACAAAAAGUUUUGCUUUUUUUUUCGGAAUUUCUUACUUAGCAAUGGAAAAAAAUCGGUUUUAAGUAAAGGGAAACUGAAACAAAAUUAAUUUACGGCACGUCAAAAGUAUUCUAUGCAUGACAACCAUCAUUUAUUCAAUUUGGGAUCAAUUUGUGUUAAACCAAACUGUAUAUAUAUAUAUAUAUCAAAUUCACUCAAAACUUAAAAAAUAUACUUUAGUUGAAAAUCUCUGCAAAAUAAUAAGUAUGACCUAGAUUCUGAUUAAACGGCUAAACUUCAAAGGUAAUUCUAAAUUCCAUUUGCAGAGUAAUUAAAAUACGUAUAUUUCAUCUUUUUUAACUACCAUAUUAUAAAACUGCUCUUUCCUACUGUUGAGUAUUCAUCUGCAUUGGUAAUAUUUUUGUCCAAAAUGAAUUAACGUAAGUUGAUGGUCAAUUGCAAUCAGCCCUUCAUUAGUUAAAUUUGACUUUUAGCACUGUUCUUUAAUUUUUUUUACAAGAAAAUAGUUUUUCAAAAAUCAACACGCUUGAUUGCUUAUUUUGAUUAUAAAUUGAUGGAAAGUAGAUUUGGAGUUUAAAACCCAUAAUUACACUCUAAUUAUCCAUUCUAUGAAUGCAAUUAGCUUCAGACUCCUAAUUAUACGCGAUCAAACCUCCCUUCCCUUACAAGAAUUCAACAACUGUUGCUUUAGUAGCUGUAGCUAGUAGCAUACAAUUUAAUGGAUUGAAAUUUGUAUUAUUUGAGGUUGAACUAUUUCGUUGAAAAUGUAGCUUGUAUAACAAAAUAGAAUUUGGAAAUUUGAUAUGUAAUUUAUUUUGAAAUGAUAAAUUAGAACUUGCAAUUAUGAAUAUUUAUGUAGAGAUUUAACAUCAAAACUAAUUCGAAAGAUUUCAGAAAAUUUAUUGUUCAGUGAAAGUCAGCGUGAUCAUGCAAUUGCUUUUUUUACAUUUUGGUGUUCAACUCAAGCUCACGUAACACUGUAUUUUCAUGAAAUAUUUGACACUCUCUUGAAGUCAAAUUUAACAGACUGUGAAGUGUGUUGCGAGAUGCAAAAAAAAAAAAAAAAAAAAAAACUAUACAUUUGGAAACUUAAAAUUUAUUUUACUGUUUUAAAAAAGUCAAACAAUUGAAGAGAAUUGCAGAAAAAUGUACUUGAAAGAAUGUACUGGAAGAACUCUUUGUAGUUAAGUUCUUGACCUGUGAAAGCAAUGCAACAAAACAAAGUACUGUAAAAAAAAGGAGAACUUCUGUAAAAAAACACCGAAACAAUAUAAUUUGCAGUAUAUACUGCUCAUUACUGUUUUGGAGCAUUAUGAUUGAAAACUGUAAGGUAUUAAAGAUACUUUAGUGCGUGUGAAAUAUUAGAUAGGUAGACUAGUCAUUGUUGUUUUAAAAAUAUUUGCUCAAAGAUCAGUAUUGUAUGUGAAACAAUAAAAUGUUUUUGUUUAAAUAAAUAAACAAAUUACUUUUAUGUAUGUA